AUGGCUGCGAAUUUAUUAGGUCAGGCUCUACCGUCUGAAAUUGUUAAGCGAGUUAUAAGAGAACUCGGAAAUUUGAUGUCUGAUCCACCCGAGGGAAUCAAAAUCUUUCCUAAUGACGGUGAUGUCACUACUCUUUACGCAGCGAUUGAAGGACCAGUUGGAACUCCUUACGAAGGUGGAAUAUUCCGCCUAAAGUUGAUGUUGGGUAAAGAUUUCCCAAUGGUACCCCCUCAAGGGUAUUUUUUAACUAAAAUAUUUCAUCCCAACGUCGCUCAGAAUGGAGCAAUUUGUGUUAAUACUUUGAAGAAAGAUUGGAAGCCUGAUUAUGGAAUCCAACAUAUUCUACUGACAAUCAAGUGUCUCCUAAUUGUUCCAAACCCAGAAUCGGCUUUAAAUGAAGAAGCUGGUAGGUUAUUACUAGAACGUUAUAUUGAUUAUUCACAUCGGGCCAUGAUGAUGACCGAGAUACAUGCUAUGGACUAUAAGAAAAACAGCCUUUCGGAAAAUGUUGAUCCCGCAAAGGGAGAGAUAGCAACGAAAAGAUAUUUUGAAGAAAAGAAAGUUGAAAGAAAAACUAAAGACAAAAAAAGGGCAUUAAAGAGAUUGUAA